AUCUUAUAAAUCGAGUUAGCGCCGUUUUUGUGUGGAUAAUAAAGCGGCUUUGCUAAAUUAUAAGAAAGGUGUUCGCACAUUAAACUAAUUUGGGAAUGUUGCUCAAAUAUAUAAAACGCGUAAAAUAAUGUCGCCAGAUCCUAUCCCGAGCAAACCGUACGAAUCCAAUGUUAUGGAAGUUUUUUCUACACAAAUGCAGACACCCUCAAUCAAUGUAAGUGAACAACAAUUAAUAAAAAAAGACGAAACGGCGAAAUCAAUCGAGGCGGCUUCUAGUAAAUCAGUUAAGCAGAAUGCUAGCCAUUUAAAUGAACUUAUACCGCCAUCGACACCUAUUCCACCUAUUCGCGACAAUAAACGUAAUCAUUCCCCAAAUAUAGCUUCGGGUGAUAUUCUGGAUGCUAUGUCGCCUUCGUCAUGCUCAUCAACUUCUCAGGCCACGAGUGGGGUAAACGAUGUUACGUUUGAGCCUACAAUAGAAAUGAUGGUUAAUGAUUUUGACGACGAACAGACGCUAAAUGAAGAAGAGGCGCUGGCUGCUUUGGAAUCACAAGAUCCGCAUGAAGAAAUAAACACUUUGAGGGCAGAAGGUGAAAUGCCUUUAGAGGAAUUGAUGGCCAAGUAUCAAGCAUUGCCAGCAAUGCCAUUUAUUGAGCCAAUAAGAAAAAAAUCAAAAAAGUCCAAAAAAGCCAAAAAAUAUAAACAAAAAGACGAUAAUGAAGAACUUACACCGUUAGCAGUAGAUCAACAACAGCAACAAAAGGCAAGUAACCAGGAAAAUAGAGAAGAUGUCAUUGUAAUUGAGAGCAGCGAUGAAAAAGAAGCCCCUGAUGACAUGUAUGACCGCAUCGAUGAAGAAGAUGAAGUAAUCAAUUCCAAUCAAUCGGUUUCUAAGCUUUCAACACCCGAAGAAACAAAAGAUAAUGAAGAGCUCGCAGGGCCUUUGUAUUGUAAUAAAAUCAAAGUAAGACGUUCUCACUUAUUGGACUUGUAUCCUGAAGGAACAUUCGAUAAUGUGGUCGUCAAUAGUAAUAUAACGGAUGAUGACAAAGACAUUCCCUUAGAAAUGCUAUACGGAGUAGGUGAUGACGAAGAUGAAGAUAUAGAAGAAGAUGAUGAUUAUAAAAAGAAAGUGAUGGUGGGUUCCUCAUAUCAAGCUACAAUACCAGUGGGUCUAUCACAAUAUGGUGAUAUUCUACCGUAUGAAAAUGAAGAUAAAUUAAUUUGGGAACCAAGUCAAGUGGGUGAGCGUGAAGUGGAAGAGUACUUAUUAAAGAUUCGAGAUAUUAAACCAAAUUUGUCCGACGAAAUCGAGGCAGGAAUUAAUGAAGAAAAUUCGCAGGUUAAAGAGAAUGCUUUCAACGAAAAUGGACUGGAAAGCUCCGAAAGCAAAUCCACAACAAUAGGAACUGAAUUGGUAGCUUCUUCCGCUUCAGAUUAUGAAAUAUGCGGUGUGAUCAAGGAUAAUGAACAGGCUCUCCAUUUAUUAGUUCAGUGUGGCUACGAUUUCAAAGAAGCUUUGAGGCGUAAACGCUUAAAUGCUUUACCUCUUAACGAUUGUAUGAGCUUGUGGUCUGAGGAGGAAUGCCAAAAAUUCGAAGAAGGCAUACAAAAAUACGGCAAAGAUUUUCUUAAAAUAAGACAAAACCAGGUGAGAACGAGAACUUUGAGGGAACUAGUACAGUUUUAUUAUUUGUGGAAGAAAAGUGAACGACGAGAUCAUAAUUUUGCUAAUGCCGAUACCGUAGAUCACAUGGAUAUCUAUCUAAACGAGGAUAAUGAAUAUGGAUCUAAUCCUGCCUCAUCUUUAACACCAGCUGGUUCGCCGGUGACUACCUCCAUUUGUGCUGGUACCCGUAGAAAUAGCAGUUCGUCGCAAAAGAAUUUUUCAAUUAUGACGGGUGUAGCAAAUUCGAACGUUAUUGGUUCAGUGAACGCGAAUAGCGCAAUCGAGCAUAUAAAAGGAGGAGCGCCAUCAGGCUGUCCCAACGCAGACAAAAGGAGGUUCAGUAAUAGUACUUUAACAGGCCCUGAACAUUCACUCGAAUCAUCAUCUUUAAACGUUAAUACUAGUUCAAACAAAUGAUGACACCAGCAAACAGUAGUAGAACAACAGGACAGUGCUAAACAACGUCAAAAACAACAAGUCAAACGAUCAAAGAGAAAUGAUAGACGGGCACGUCACAUAUUGCCUGUUGCCAGUAGAAGAUCAACGAAAAGGCGUCUUAAACGUUUAGUACAACGUCACCGUUUAGCGACGCAAUUCAAAUCCGGUUUGCGUAAAUGUAUUAGUAUUAGUGUUGCAGCGACAAUCUGAUCUGAAUUGUUCCAUUUAAAAACAGAAAAAGAAGAUUAGAUGAACCUAAAGAAUUUCCACUGUGCUCCUUAUUUUUAUACGAAUCAAAUCUAAGAAUUUCACAUUGUUACGAUAGUAAGAAAAACAAAACAAGUAAAGUAAGAGGCUCUGUUUCUCUCAGUGAGUUAAAAUGUUAUACUGUAUUUUUGCGUAUGUUCCAAUGGAUGUUUUGUUUAAUAUUUGAAAUAUAUAAAUUAAGAAUAACAUUGUCAACCAUACAAUAUUGUCAACGAAUCAAUCAAACCAUAAUCAAAACUAUCAAUAACUGUAAUAACUCAUGCAACUUUAUGUCAACGUUUUUCAUGUUAGUACCGUUAUAUAUUCCAUGCAAGCAAUUCAUUGAUAAU